UGCCUUCCCGCAGUGCAAGAUGGCGGACAAGCAGACUGAGAGGGCUUAUCAGAAACAGCCUACCAUCUUCCAGAACAAGAAGCGUGUGCUUCUGAGAGAGGGAGGCAAGGAGAAACUCCCCCGUUACUACAAGAACAUUGGCCUGGGCCUCAAGAUCCCCAAAGAGGCCAUUGAGGUCACUUACAUUGACAAGAAAUGCCCGUUCACUGGUAAUGUCUCUAUUCGUGGCCGUAGUCUGUCAGGUGUGGUUACCAAGAUGAAGAUGCAGCGUACCAUCAUCAUCCGCAGAGAUUACUUGCACUAUAUCUGCAAGUACAACCGUUUUGAGAAACACCACAAGAAUAUGUCCGUACAUCUCUCCCCCUGCUUCAGGGAUGUCCAGAUUGGGGAUAUUGUGACUGUGGAGGAAUGCCGUCCCCUCAGCAAGACAGUCCAAUUCAACGUCCUCAAGGUCACAAAGGCUGCUGGCACCAAGAAGCAGUUCCAGAAGUUUUAAAGGCGACAAAUGGAUGAUCAGGAUGAAUAAAACCUUUUGUAAAAAUCAAAAAAA